AUUUCCCAUGUUGUUAACAUGAUUUUGCAUGGUCCAUCCUUAGGUAGGGCACCUACACAAUUUUCUGAAAAGGUUGCCAAGAAAAGUUUUCAUUCAGUUCUGAACGCUAGAUGUCUCCCUUUCCCGUAAAUGCAUCGACCACAUCGAGCCACCAUAUCGGCCUAGAGAAGUUCAUGGCCUUGUUGCUUUCCCCGUCUCGGUCUCCGCGAGGAGCUCUCCGUACAGCAGUCGCCAUUUUGAAAUCCAAAUCGUUCACAGUACACCCGCCCUGAAACCUGGAACUAUGCCGCGGGGCCGGCCUCGAAAAGUGAGGGAUAACUCAAACGACGGAACAGAGGGUCCACAGGAGUCUGAAAAUGGGAGUCAUGCAGAGUCCAAGGAGAACCGAUGCAAAAUUUGCUCUCAGGUCUUCAACACAGAAAACCAGUUACAGAGGCAUCACCGAGACCAUGAGGCCAAUGACAAGCCUCACCGUUGUGACCAGUGUCCCAUGUCCUUCAACGUGGAGUUUAACCUGACGCUGCACAAAUCCACCCACACCACCACAGAUCCCGUCUGCCCAACAUGCCACAAAAGGUUCUCCAGAGUGGCCAGUCUCAAGGCCCACAUCAUGCUCCACGAGAAAGAGGAGAACCUGAUCUGUGGUGAGUGUGGAGAUGAGUUUAACCUACAGAGUCAGCUGACUCUGCACAUGGAGGAGCACCGCAAAGAACUUUCCGGAUGCAAGGUCUACACCUGCAAGACCUGCCGCCAGGAAUUCAAGACCCCCGCUGAGCUUAAAGAACAUGUCAAGACGCAUGUGAAAGCCAGGCCAAUACUCACUAGUUCAAGGAAUUACAAGAAGAACAUUGAUCGGAGCGGAUUCACAAAUAGCUGUCAGCACUGUGGGAAGACGUUUAAGAAACCCAGUCAGCUGGUGCGACAUAUCAGAAUCCACACAGGUGAAAGACCCUACAAAUGCACACACUGCGGUAAGGCGUUCAACCAGAAGGUGGUGCUGCAGACCCACAUGGUGAGACACACGGGGGAGAAGCCCCACCUGUGCAUGCUGUGCCCGGCCUCCUUCUCCCAGAAGGGCAACCUGCAGUCGCACAUCCAGAGGGUGCACUCCGAGACAAAAGGAGUGGCCCUCUUCCCCUGCAUGGACUGCAGCUGCGUGUUCAAGAAGCUGGGCAGCCUAAACGCACACAUCAGCAAGAUGCACAUCUCAGUGGUGGAAGUGGAGGAGCCUGCCACCACUCAGGAGGCGGUGGAGUCCAGUCAGGCCGUGUCCGGGUCAGAGGGAGCCGAGGGGGUGACGGACGUGAUUCAGCAGCUUCUGGAACUCUCCGAGCAGGUCACGGGGGAGAGCACCCAAACCCAGCCCCCAGUGCAGGCAAUCGCCAUGGAGACGGCUAUCAACCAGGACAUCUUGCAGCAAGCCCUUGAGAACAGUGGCUUGAGUGCCAUCCCAGUGCAGAACAGUACCCAGAGCAGCAGUGGUGGUGUGCCAGUCUUGCCCAGGCCUGAUGGUGGCAUGCAGAAUCAAACGACGGGGGGCAACGUCUCUGCCAUCAGGAAGACAACUGGCUCUGAGAGGCUUGUGAAGAAGGAGAAGAAGAGCAUCUUCAAGAAGCCUGAUCAAAUGCCAGGCACCAUCCGCGAGCAGAACGGCGUGCGCUGGCACGGCUGCCCCUACUGCUCCAAGGAGUUCAAGAAGCCCAGCGACCUGGUGCGCCACAUCCGCAUCCACACGCACGAGAAGCCCUUCAAGUGCAAGCAGUGCUUCCGCGCCUUCGCGGUCAAGAGCACGCUCACGGCCCACAUGAAGACGCACACGGGCAUCAAGGCCUUCGAGUGCCAGUUCUGCAUGAAGUGCUUCUCCACCUCCGGCAGCAUGAAGGUGCACACACGCCUGCACACAGGUGUGCGCCCGUUUCCCUGCCCGCACUGUGAGAAGAUCUUCCGCACUUCGGGUCACCGCAAGACGCACAUCGCCUCGCACUUCAAGAGCAUGCAGCAGCAGAAGAAGCACAAGUUCCCGCGCAAGCCCCACAAGGCCCGGGCGUCCAAGAGCAGCAUGCCCCUACCAGACAUACCCCUCCAGGAGCCCAUACUCAUCACUGACAUGGGCCUCAUUCACAGCCAGAACUCCCGCAUGUCCUUACAACCCUACCUAGAGCUCGUGGAGAACGACCGCCCCUACAAGUGUGCCUUCUGCAACAAGGCCUACAAGAAGUCCAGCCAUCUUAAACAGCACGUCAGGUCCCACACGGGAGAGCGUCCCUACAAGUGUGUGCAGUGCAGCAAGGGCUUUGCCUCCUCCGGGGUCCUGAAGGCCCACAUCCGCACCCACUCCGGCCUCAAGGCCUACAAGUGCCUGAUCUGCGACACCACCUUCACCACCAGCGGCAGCCUGCGCCGGCACAUGACCACCCACAGCGACCUCCGACCCUACAUGUGCCCCUACUGCCAGAAGACCUUCAAGUCCUCGCCCAACUGCAGGAAGCACAUGAAAACACACAGGUACGAGCUGGCCCAGCAGCUCCAGCAGCAGGGCCCCUCAGAUGGGCCCUCGCUGGGGACCCCAUGGGGGACCCCACCUCAGCGGUGGCCCACGACAUGCAGGUGGAGAUCGAGGGCGGCACGCUCCAGCCUCCACCUUCUGGUGGGCUCGGAGCAGCAGGCCAUGCUGGAGCUGGGCCAGACGCAGGUGGUGGGGGGCGCCCAGCAGGUGGCGCUGCAGACGACGCUGAGCGAAGAAGGCCUGGUGCAGGACGAUGACCAGUUUGUGGCACCACAGCACACACUCCCCCAGAGCAUGGGCCAUCAGUACGACCCUUCAGCACUGCCCCAGCCUGUCUACGACCAGCCUGCACUCUCUCAAGGUUUCACCAUAGCAGAGGGCUUCAGUGCCCCUCAGUACUCCACAGUGCAGCAGCUACAGGACUCCAGUACGCUAGAGUCACAGGCCCUCUCCUCCAGCUACCACCCACAGAACCUGCUGCAUGUGUCCAAUGCUGAGGUGGCCGAUGGUCUGCUUCAUGAGGCGUCCCAAGGGGAACUGCAGCUCUCUGCCAGACAAGACUAUCAGGAUGAGGGCGAAGAGAUCAAGAGGGCUUACAGGUGCAAUAUCUGCAAUAAAGGCUUCAAGAAGUCCAGCCACCUGAAGCAGCACGUGCGCUCGCACACGGGCGAGAAGCCCUACCGGUGCAACCUGUGUGGGCGCAGCUUCGUCUCCGCCGGGGUGCUCAAGUCCCACCUCAACACACACACGGGAGUAAAAGCCUUCAAGUGUAACGUGUGCGACGCCUCCUUCACCACCAAUGGCAGCCUGAUCCGCCACACCAUCAUCCACCUCAACAUGAAGCCCUUCAAGUGCCACAUGUGUGAAGAGACCUUCCGUACCAGCCUGCUUUGUAGGAAGCAUCUGAAGAAAGAUCACGCCAUGGGAUCCAGAGUGCUGGGGGAGGAAGAGUGUGAGGAUGAGGACGGGUAUGAGCGCUCGGGCACCAAACGGAACCGCGCCGGCAUCAUCACCUUCACCGAGGAGCAGGCGGCUGAGCUGGCCAAGCGGGAGCCGGACGACGCCGCCACCCUGUCGGAGAAAGUCCUCGCCCAGUCCGCCGCCGAGCGCGACCGCAUCAGCGAGAUCAAGGACAAGGCCGUGGAGCUCGAGACCGAGCCCAAGUUCGCCAACCGCUGCGACUUCUGCCCCAAGAGCUUCAAGAAGCCCAGUGACCUCGUCAGGCACAUUCGGAUCCAUACUGGAGAGAAGCCCUACAAGUGCGAAGACUGUGGGAAGUGCUUCACAGUGAAGUCCACGUUGGACUGCCACGUGAAAACACACACAGGUCAGAAGCUGUUCGGCUGCCACAUGUGCAACACGUCCUUCUCCACUAAAGGCAGCCUGAAAGUGCACAUGCGCCUGCACACCGGCUCCAAGCCCUUCAAGUGCCCCUUCUGUGACCUCCGCUUCCGCACAUCCGGCCACCGCAAGACCCACAUCCAGAGCCACCUGCGGCCCAGCUCCGAGGGCAGGAGGGGCAAGCGGAGCUCGGACCGCCACGCUGGGAGGCACCACGCCACGGAGAGCGACGCCAACCACGCGUCGCAGCAGGCUGCAGGAGGAGGGGCGCAGGCAGACAGCCUUCCACCCGUGGGCCUGCUGCAGACCUCCAGCGCAGACCAAAGCAUCUACAUCCCCAGCUCCUCGGUCCUCACCGGCCAGUACGACCAGAAUCUGCAGCAGUCAGGCCUGGUUGGCCAGGCCUUCUUACCCGCUACCAUGUCAGCAGGGGGUGACCUGACUGUGUCUCUGGGCGAGGGUCUUGCCACUCUGGAGGGCAUCCACCUGCAGUUGACCCCCGCCAACCUGGUGUGCCCCAACGUGCAGAUCUCCGGUAUCUCCGGUAUCUCCAGUAUCGACGGCAGCAACAUCAACAACAUUACGCUUCAGAUUGACCCCAGCAUCCUUCAGCAGACCCUCCAGCAGGGGGGGCUAUUGUCCCAUGCCGUCACCGGCGACCAUGGCCUCCCCCAUCACGCAGGUCCCCAUCUCAUGGCCACCGGCGACCCCUCGGUGUCCGGCAACGUGGUCCUGCACCCCCUCACCAGCCUGGCACUGCAGUCUCCCCUCCCCGGCAACGUCACCAUCACCGGCAUGUCUGAGCAGGACGCCUCAGGCUCUCAGGAGUUGACCCACGUGAUGGGCGCCGCGGGGCUGGUGACUGGAGCGGGCGGCGGGCAGGAGAUCACGCUGACCAUCAAUAACUCCAGCCUGACGCAGGUGCUCGCCCAGGCCCAAGCCCAGGCCCAGGCCUCCGCUGCAGGAGCUGCUCCCACUGCCAACAACACACAGGAGAUCACUCUCACCAUAUCAGGCCAAGACCUGCUCCAGCAGCAUGGCGGCCACUCUGCUGCAGACAUGAACAGCGGGAUGAGACUGGCAUCACCCAUGGGUGCCCAGGCCGGCGGUGCCACCCUCACCAUCACUAACGAGCAGCUCCUGCCUCACAGCCCAUCUAACACCACCAUGUCCGUCACCAGCCUGCCUCCUUGCACCUCCCUAUCACACACCGGCGUGACCCAGAGCCUGGUGAUGUCAUCAGCGGGGAUGGCCAGCGACGGGAGCGUGACUCUCACACUGGCAGACCCUCAGAUGCUGGACGCGGUCACGCUCAACCUCAACGCACAGCAAAGCCAGCAGUUCACCAGUGUCAUGAGUGACCAGGGUCUCCAAGGGCAACCAGUCACCUCCGCUCAGCAGGUCAUACUCGUCAGCCACCCCACCCAGACCACCGUGGCCACACUGGAGGACAACCUCAGGCCGGUGCACAAGGAGGAGCAGGCGGAGAAGCGGGGGCUGAACCAGUGCUACUUCUGCGACCAGGAGUUCCUCACGGCCAACAUGCUGCGGAGGCACUGCAGGCAGAGCCACGGCAAGGAGCGCUGCCACGUCUGCCUGAUCUGCAACAAGGCCUUCAAGCGCGCCACGCACCUAAAGGAACAUGAACAUGUGCACCAGAAUGGCCCUUCUCUGAGUUCUCAGAGGCCUCGUGUGUUCAAGUGCCCCUCCUGUGAUAAAGCCUUUGCCAAGCCCAGCCAGCUGGAGAGGCACAACCGUACUCACACAGGAGAGCGUCCCUUCAAGUGCAUGCAGUGUGACCGGGCGUUCAACCAGAAGAGCGCUCUGCAGGUGCACCGCGUCAAGCACACGGGGGAGAAGCCUUACAAGUGUGAGGUGUGCAGCAUCGGCUUCACCCAGAAGAGCAACAUGAAGCUGCACAUGAAGAGGUCCCACGGAUACGGUCGUUCCCAGCAGCAGGGCCAGCAGCAGGGAGCCCCACAGCAGCUUUUGGUUUUAGACAUUCACAAGUGA